CCCUGACCGUCGGAACCACGCGCCCAGUGUCACUUCGGUCUCCCUUUAAAGCCGCUGGUCUCGCUUCCAUCCAUCUCUUUACUAAGGUACAUGCUCGCUCGACUUGACUCGCCUCUCAAAUCACUUUUCAUCUUCUCUUUCAAACGCCUCCACGUUUCCUCAUCUUUAAGUCCUUUUCCCUCAUUCUCCCUCUUCUUUUCCUACGAGGGCUGCCUUUCUCUUCUUUUUCGCGUUGUCACCUCCCUUCCAGCUGAGCUACCGCGACACCGCCUCCGAGAGCUGAGUUCGAGGUAUAGGUCCCUCCGCCCUUCUCCUCUCAACCCCAACUCCAAGCUACCUACCUCACCUACACCACCACACCUCGAGCUACGACAGCUACAAAGUAUAGCCUCUCCACCUACAACAAAAAGCCGUCCAUAUCACCUCGGAUCUAUCUCAAAUCUUGAUCCACCCCCGCCUUUCUGCCGCGCUGAAUUCAAUACCGCACUCUGUCGCCAGCUUGUGAUUGCUUCACGCCCUAUUGCUGCGCCUCUUGUCAAAAGCAACCCGAACUUGCAGCCGCCGGCAGAGCUUCGUAGGACCGCCGCUGACGAUCAUUACUACCGGGUCGAAUAAAUCCCCCAGAAAUCCACGCCAUUGCUCGUCGGCCAAGGCUCGUUCAAGUUUCGGGCACCACAUGCCACCGUUUAUCUUCUGACGAAACCGGUUGGUCUCAACUUCCAUCCGUGCCGUGCCGUACUGUAUCACAUUGUAUCGUAUCGUAUCCUGCCUCCACCCUCGAUUACCAAUUUCGAAAUGGAGCCAGUUCCCGAGACAGAGCGUAUGGAGGAGUUCCGUCCUACUCCUACACCUGCUCCCGCACCCGUAUCUGCCUCUGCCUCUGCUUCCUCAUCUUUGUCUGCGUCACCCUCCCUCUCUCCAGGAUAUCCAUCGCUGCGACUUCAGAACCCCAGCGCCUUUUCCAACCUCAGCAUCGAAUUGCCUCGAAAGCCGCCAAACCUGAGACGAAGCACCGACCCCAGUCCGACAUCGCCAGCUUCACCAUCUUGGUCUGCGACACCCUUCAUUCCGUAUCGACCACGCACCACUUCUCCGCUCUCGGGCGCUCAUUCUAGGUCUCGUUCUACAACGAGUCUUGCGCCCCCAAUGUCUCGUACUCAAUCCAUGCCUGGCGUCAAUGGAUCAGGCCAUAUUCUUUUUUCGCCUCAGCACCGCCCUGGAAGCCCCUCUGGUUCACCUAGCAGAGUCCGAAUUCCACGAAAGCCUGCCGAUGAAGCUUUCCCGCCAAUCUCUCCAGUUCGAACCUCAGUUCUCGAACCUGAGCAAAUGCAUGAGCGACGAAGCACCUCUCCCAUCAUGGGGGUUUCCACAAGCACCCCCGCCCGACUACGACGGCCAUCUUCUCCUCUUCGAACAUUCACAUCUUCGAGCACUGGUUCUCUAGGCACAUUUCCAUCAACACCAUCCUCUUCAAUUUCGUCAACAUCCUCUUAUCGAAGCUACGAUGCCCUUUCCGGAAGCUAUGGCACAACUUAUUCGUCGGUCCCCUCCACGCCAACGUCGACCAGGUCCCGAAGUCCCAGCAUCUCCAGCUUGGAAACAAUUCCUGACACGCCUGAUGCCGAAGAAGCAGCGCUGGAAGCUGAAAGAAUUGCCCAGCUCAAGGCCGACGCAGAUGCUGCAGAGGGAAAUGAAUCCUCCGACCUGAAAGGGAAGGAUGGGCAGACACGAGGGCGUACGAUGGGCUUCGGCUCUAGAGACAAGCGAAAGCGUUGGAGUGUGUGCGGUGCUGAGCGAAGAGGAGAUCUCGAUCUUGAGACCAUCUGGGAGGACUGAUCGGCGCAAUGCCGAGGCAGAGCCAGAACCAGAUGAACGAUUGACAUGAAAUAUCUCAAGAGGGGCCACGGCGUAUGACGGACCUGACUCGAGCUAGCCUGGGACAAUGCUCGAUUUUACAUGAUUGCAUCGCGGGGCGGCAGGUUAUUGAUGAUUUUUGCGGCAUAAGCAUAUGGUUUUUUAUUGUUGGUUUCUUGUUAGCUUUUUACAAAGGGCACGACGGCGAUUGCGUGGCCCUCUUGAUACCCAUUCCUGCACGUAUGGACUGUUCGACAGGAAGAACCACGCACACACACACACUAUGAUUGACACACAAUGAUACUAUACCCACAGAUCACGCCAGUUGAGUUGGCUGUGAAGGGCACACUUGUACUUUACCAUGAGGCGAAUCGCGUGCACUUUCUGUUAUCUUGAUUGGACUCACUUGUUGUCUUAUGGCUGUUUAACUUAUUGAUUGGCAACGUGGUUCUGCAACUUGUGAAGAGUCAAAUGCGCGCGAGAUGAAUAAAUCGCCCUUUAUCGAACCGACGACAUAUGAACAAUGAAUUAUUACUAUUACUAUCAAUCCC